AUUGUGAAUCCUUUAAUACUACUUAAGCCCCAGCAUGGACAAACCAUGCGUAGCCUAAAAAAAAGCACACUAGAAAGUGUUUAGAAAUAGUGCAACCUGCGUAUGAUGUAACAUAAUACAUACACAUAGGACAGUCCUGUAAUAACCUGUUGAAACUAAGAUGUAAUGUUUUUCUCAGACCUGUGUGUAAAUGAGGCAGACAGGAUAUAAAUACUAGUCUCAUACAAAUUUAAGUAAAGUAAAGUAAAGAAACAAUCAAAGGAGUAUUCUCAAUACAAUUAUUAAGUAAGGUAGUAUUUCUUUAUGGUUAACUGCAGAUGAAAGACAGAGAAUAGAUAUUUAAAUAUUUGUAGGUGUAGGAACAAUCGUAAUCUUAGGGUCUGGAAUUGUGCCUCAUUGGUUUCUCAUGGUUAUUAAAUAAACAGAGCGGAUUUUCUUUCAUCAAACAAACUGGAUAAGAAUUAAUUCUAUUUAACAUAAUAUAAUAAUGUAUCACAAACUUAACCUGUUGUCAAAGCUGAACAUCUUUUGGCUACAUGAAAGAUCUUAGAUCGGGAUUCUUACCACGUUUGGCUUGAGCAGUAUUUAUUUCACCCUCUGUAUCUGUCUCGAACGAAUGCGUCGUUCUUUAGACAUUUUCACUUCCCUGCAAAUACUUUGAAAUAUGAUGUCAUAUCACACCUUGACUUCCUCAAUCUGUCUAGUCUCUUCAGUAUUACUAUAUUUUUCUCCUCAGUGCUACAUUACUAUAAAUUGUAUAUUAUGAUGUUCCUGAUUCAACAAAAACUAUUUUCUUCUAAAUUCAUGAACAGAAAUGAGUUUAAAUAUUAGGUCUUUACAGUUUUGAAUGUUUACCAAAUCAAAUCAGUCCGUGCACAAGCAUUUUGUGGGUUUUUUUGUAGCCUAUUUGUGUGUGCACGUGUGUGUGUGAGAGAGAGAGAGAAGCAGGGGGGGGGCGCUGAAAGAGAGCGAGGGUGAGAACAACAAUAUAUCUGAUGUGUCUAGUCAUUUCCUUUUCAAACAAAGUUUGACAAAGCAGAGAAUUUUGCGUCCAAUUCAAGUUAGAAGAAAAAUAAAAGGAGAAUGAAGAAGACAUUUGUGUGUAAUGAAUCGAUGAUCAUCACUAUACCUAUUGGGAAUCUCAGGACAGCUGGAGCGGGCCAACUGAUGCCAGAAAGGUUCCACUGUGUGUUCAGAGAUUCCUUCAAGGUCUUUGUUGUUAAGGGAAAACCUAAACCUCUUGGAGCAGUCCAAGCCAUCGCUGGUGUGUUUCUUUGCACUCUUGGUCUGAUUUUUGGACAGGAAUUUUCCAUGAACUACACUCUACCCAGUGUUCUGUUUGUGGUCUCUGGUAUGGUGUCCUACGCUGCAGGACAGACUCCAAACAUGCAUGUGGCAAAGCUGUCAUUCUCUCUGAACAUUAUCAGCUUCUUCUGGUCUAUUGUGGCAUUUUCUUUCAGCGUAUUCCACCUCCUUGCGAUACCAAAUAUGGACUCACGUUUUCCCAUGAUGACGAAAGGAAUCUGUGGACUGAUAAUGAGUCUGCUGGUUGUUGAAAAUUUAUUAGCCCUAUUCUUGAUCUACUGGCUAAGUAAAGCCAUUUGCAGAGAAGAGUUCAACACUUUGGUAUGUUAUUUUCUUUGCAGCUACAUAUUCUGUUAUAUAAAUAAAAUAUUGUGUAAAUAAUAAUAGUUUUUGUUUUUUACUGCAGCCCAUCAUACUGCUGAAACAGGCGGACUGAAUUUAAAGGCUUGAUGGAGCUCAACAAGCCAAUGACCAAACCAAAUUACCAUAUUUAUAACUUUGAACAUCCUGAUUGUAUAGAAAGUGCAUAGCAGCCUCAUAUGUCAUAUAAAUAUGCCAUAGGUCAGAGCCAUAUAUAUCCUAAUAUAAGCUAUACAAACAAUGCGAAAGUUAUUAUAGUUUCUGUUUCAGAGAUAGUUGGAAAAUAUGCAAAGAGCGAUUGCAUUUGAAUAUAAUGUGUUAGCUUUUGUUUUUGUACAAUUCGCUGUUGAUAUUGCCUUUUAAUUUUAUAAAAGUCGUUGUAUUCAUGCAAACAAACAAACAAAAAAGAUGUGUUGAUUUCUGCAGUAAGCUUUAUUAUGAAACUGUUAAAACCUUUUUUCAACAACAAGUUACAUUUUCUCAUUGGCUUUGUAUUUCAUUACUCACUUUAGAUUGAUUGUUGUGGUAGGCCAUUGAUCAGCUGGUUUGAUUGCGUGGCUGUUUAACAGAUAUCAAACAUUUAGGUAUUAGUAGUCGUGAUUGUUUUAUUUCGUUAAAAACUGCAAAGAUUUUAACAUUUCAGUGACACACUGGAUUUUCUGUGGAUUAUUCAAUCUCACAUUGACAACUGCAAUGUGUGAACAUUGUAAGACUUGAUUUUAUGUUUUGAUUGUAUUAUAAGCUUGGCUCCUAAUAAAAACGUUGAUUUUGUGUGAC